GGUAACCGCGUUGAGUACAAAAGUCUAAACGUCAAGUUGUGCAAUGGAGGAAAAUCUUCGAAGUUUUUUUACUAAUAUUUUAAGUUCAUAUUCUGGGAUAAAUUUCUCCGAAGAAUCGUGGGACAAAUAUGUUAGGUGUAAAGAAAAAAUGUUUGAUUUUGUAGAUAACGAGAACACUCUCACUCUUUUUGCGUAUAUUUUAAAAGAUAAUGAUAAUGUAAAAUACGUGGAAUUACAAACAGAAUUUGGUAAUAAUUUUGAGAAAGUAGUAGUUUUUUAUAAGAUCAAAAACGUGGUUUUAAACAAAGAGAAUGUAAGCGAUGUCGUUGAGAUUACCUCAUUAAAAGAAUCAGGAAAUCUAGGUUUAUAUCACAGUCUUAAUAAAGUUUUCACACCUAUUUUAAAUAAAGGUAACAGAAAGAGUCUUGCACAAAAUAACGUUGAAAAACAAUUAUUUCAACUUCAAACUGGGCUAAGAGGAACAAUUUUAAGUGGUUCUUUGGAUUCGGAUCCAUUAAAAAACGUUGAUAAGUUAAGCUUAAAUGUCAUAUUAAGUUUGGAUAACGAAGUCGAAUUUUGGGUUAAUGCAAUAAAUAAUGCUAAAAAUAAAAAUGAACGUAUACAAUAUGAAGAAAUUAAAGAGAUUUUAUUGCCACUUUCAAAAGAUUUUGGAGUAAUCGAUGCUUUACCAAUAAUAGAAGUAGAGGAUUUAUUGGAGAAUGCACAUAACACUUUGGAUGAUCUUUGGAGACAUGAACCACCUUUUCCUAAAGUUAGGAUGGAAAAUUUAAUGGAAAUAAUCGCUUCAGAUGUUAUUCACUCAAUAAAUAAAGAAAUAACAAAAAGGGAUUUUUGGUUAUUGGAUUUUAACACAGCUUAUGAUAUUUUAAACAUAUGCACAACUGUUGGUAAUAAAUGGAUAACUUCUUGUAAACAAUUAACUGAAGUUUUUUGGCCGAAUUAUUCCUUACAUAUUUGGACGGGCGAAAGUUUUGUUCCAACGAAUUUGAAACAUCUAAUAAACGGAUUAGAAAAGAUUUUAAACAUAAGAACAAUUCACAAACAAUUAGUCCGACUUUUGACAAUAAAUGAACAACAAGAUUUAAACGUAGAUAACAUGUUUGAACCGUUCAAAAAUCUUCAAAUUUUAAAAUAUAGCCCUUACACCGAACAAGAAUGGCGAAAAGCUGAAAAACAAUUUGAGUACAUUGUUCAACCUGCCGAAACAAGAGUUGCGAUGAAACUAAAAAGACAAUUAACUCAUAUGAAUGCUAAUACUCGACAGUUAUUACACGAAUUUGGUCGAUAUUCCGAGUUAAUUUGUCGCCCGUUUGUUAAACAAAUCCUUCAAAAUGAACGUCAGUAUUUAUUAGGGGCUUUAUUGGAAUAUAUUAAUAAUAUUAAUGAAAAUUCUGAGGUUUUAAUUAGCACGAGGUACGAUGUACCACAAGUUAUUAUUGAUAUUACUUCGGUGAGGUUAAACGAAACAAAGGUAAAUGAAAUUUUGAGGAUUUCCGAAAAAGUUCUUGAUGACUUGGAAAUGUAUGAUGAAUUAAAAAGCAGGGUUAUUGAAAUUUUGGAUGGUUUAAAACAACAACAUAAUGAGUUAUUUGAAAAUUGGGCUAGUGAUGUUUCACAAAGAAUUAAAAAUAAUAGUUUAAGUUUAAAGGAGACUGAGCCAGUUGUAAAAUUUUCCGAAAAUAAAUUGAUGAAAGUAAAUUAUUCAUCACGUUUAGUAACAUUAGUGAAUGAAGUAAGACAACUUUCCGCUAUGGGAUAUAGAAUUCCGAAUAAUAUUGAAGAAACAGCGGAUUUGGCAAGAAAAUUUAUGAAGUAUGCAAAAGUUUUAGAGCAAAUAGCAAAUUUUCAUAAUACAAUUGGGGAUAAGAUGAUAAUUUCACAACGUCCAAUGAUGUUAGCAAGCGCAGUUAAUUUAUCAAAGUUAGUUCAAGAAGAAGAAGUUGUUUAUUGGGAAGAUGUAAAUUCCGUAGAAAAAUACAUCGAUAAAUUAAAAGGAGCCGUUGAAAAAUUAUCGAAUCAAAAUAAUAUGUUAACAAGUUUCCACCAUCAAGUUAUUAAAAAAAUAAAAGAUCUUGAAAACGUCGAUUUAAUCAAACAUUAUCAACGUUGGAAAGAUUCGACGAAAUCAAUCCGGGAAAUAAUGACCCAAGUACAAAAUAAAGGAUUCAAAUCGUUACAAAAUUGGAAAAUCGAUUUGGAUAAACAACUAGAAAAAGUGUUGGAGUUUCAAUACCUCAAAAGUUUAUCAACUGUGCAUUUAUAUUUACCCGAAAUUUAUACCGAUUUAAUUUAUCGCGACGGAAAUUUAGUUUAUUCGCCGGACGAAAAUGUUUUAAAAGAAAAAUACGAUUUACAAUUGAAAAGAUUUUUGGAUAUCCCAAAAACUUUUCGGGGGAUCUCCGAAACGUUGGAUUUUUUUUCAGGAGUUAUCGAACGAUCCAAAUACGAAAUCGACAAAGUUAAUAAAAACACCGAAGAACUUUUUGACCAACUCAAAUCGGUUUCUAACCAUUGGAAAUCUUGGCUUACCUUAGAAAAUUUAGACACAACAAAAUUAAACGUUUGGCAAGAUUGGGACAUACAUUUUAGAGCUUCGAAAGUUUUCGGGCAAGAAAUUGCUAAAUUACCAAGCACUGAAGAGCGCGUUGGAUGUUUUAUAAUCGGUUUAUCACGUCUUCGUAAUGAUUUCGAAUCGCAUAAUAGAAGUUACUGGGAUACUUUAAGAGUUUCAUUAAAAGAUUCGAUAGCUCAAGAUGUUGUUAAAUUACAAAUUUACGUUGAUAAUUCAACUACAACUUUAAAUAAACAAUUAGUUACUGUUGAAGAAAUUGGUGAAGCUGAUGCUUCUCAUGCAAAUAUUUUACGAACAAGAUCAGAAAUGGAAGAAUUAUACAUUUCAACUUGUAUGAAAGCGAAAACUUUGGCGACUUGGAAUCGGGAACAAAUUGAUUCUGUCGUUCGUCUUCAAGCUGCUUGGGAUCGUUUGAGUAGUUUAUUAGAAAAUCAUAAACAUAUUAUCUCAAAACAAAUUGAAACUGUAAAAACAACUUUAAAUGUAGCGACCGAAAAUUUGCAUAAAGAAUUGGAACGAUUUGAAGCGAAAUGGGAUCAAGUUAAAUUUCGGCCACAUUCUGGACAAAUCGCUACUAAUACUUUAAUUGAUCUUAAUAAUUAUUUGUUGAAUAUGAAAGAAAAAAGGGCACAAUUUAAUUUGUUGAUGGAGCAAAAAAUUAAGAUUAAGGAAGAUUAUGAAAAGUUUAAUUUGGAAGUUCCUGAUUUUUCUUUAUCCGAUUCUAUCGAUUUAGAUUUAAAAGAUUUAGAAGAAACUUGGUCGCUAUUUGAAGAGUUUUAUUUGGAAUUAGAAAAAUUAAAUAACGAAGAAUGGAUAGUUUUCCGCAAAAAACUUUAUAAAUUUGAAGAGUUUUUAUUCGAUUGGCAAACGAAAUUACAAAAAAUGGAACCAACACCUUUAGUGACACGCAUUUUAAAAGAAACCCAAUCAUUUCAAGAUCUCCUCCCAACCUUAAAACUCGUCCGAGGAGAAGAUUUCAUGGAUACUCAUUGGUUAGAAGUUUACGAAGUCCUCGAAAUCACCCCAAAACCCAUCGAUAUCUUAUAUCUAAAAGAUUUCCUUUCAAUUCCAAAUUUUUCCGAAAAAACCAAAGAUUUACAAAAUAUUUGUAAAAAAGCUGCGAGUGAAAUAAUCGUUCGACAAGCUUUGGCUGAAUUGGAUCAAUGGGAGGUUCAAUCAAGGUUUAUUUUAACGGAACACUUAGAUGUUAAUAAACAACCCGUUUAUUUAAUAAAAGAUUUUAAAGAAAUUUUGAACCGAAUCGGAGAUAAUCAAAGUUUAUUACAAUCGGUGAAAAACUCAGCGGAUUUUCAAAGCUUUUUUGAGCGCGCUUCAAUAUGGGAGAACAAAUUAUCCGAUUUAGAUAAUUAUUUAACUAAUUUAGCUCAAAUACAAAGAAAAUGGGUUUAUUUAGAACCAAUUUUUAACACUGGAACUUUGAUUCAUGAAAAAUCACGUUUCGAACGACUCGAUAAAGAAUUCAGGCAUCUUUUGAAAUUCGUACGUGAUGAUCCUCGAGUAUGUUCGUUGUGUAGAUAUGGUAAUGUUAGAUCGAUGUUGGAGAAUUUACAAGAUCAAUUAGGGCGUUGUCAGAAAAGUUUAGAUCAUUUUUUGAUGGAAAAACGAGAAAAUUUUCCCCGAUUUUUAUUUCUUGGUGAUGAUGAUUUAUUAGAAAUCGUUGGACAAUCUAAUAAAACAAACGUAAUUCAAUCCCAUUUAAAAAAAUUAUUCGCCGGGAUACACAGCAUUAAAUUCGAUGAAAAUGAGGGGUCGAUUGUUGCUGUUCAAUCUUUGGAAAAGGAAGUUGUCGAAUUAAUCGAUUUGGUCGAUAUUGGAAAACCAGUUGAGGUUUGGAUGAAUGAUUUAGUUGAAUCGAUGCAAAAAACUUUAAAAAAGUUAUUAACCGAUUGUUUAAAUGAAAAUCAAAAUUUAGACCCAACAAAAUAUCCAUCACAAAUUUUAUGUCUCGCUGAUUCGAUUAAUUUUACUUCAAAAACUGAAGCUGCCAUUUCAAAUAUGAGCUUACCUACGUUAUUAACUAAUUACAAAUCCCAAUUAGAUUUUUAUACAUCAACUGAAAAAAAUGAAUCGGAUGUUGAAUCACAAGUUUUAAACUUAAAAUUAAAAGCUUCAAUAUUAGACACGAUCCAUCACAUCUCAGUUAUUGAAGAGUUAAUUAAUGAGAAUGUAACGAAAAUAACCGAUUGGUUGUGGCAAAAACAAUUAAGAUAUUACUCAAUUAAUGGAAAAAUUUCUAUCAAAAUGGUUAACGCUGAAAUGGAAUAUUCUUAUGAGUAUUUAGGAAAUAGUCCUAAAUUAGUUCGAACUCCUUUAACAGAUAAAUGUUUUUUAACAUUAACUCAAGGAUUACAUUUGGGAAUGGGGGGAAACCCUUACGGCCCCGCUGGAACUGGAAAAACCGAAUCAGUAAAAGCUUUAGGUUCAUUAUUAGGUAGACAAGUCCUAGUUUUUAAUUGCGAUGAAGGAAUCGAUGCCUCAUCAAUGGGAAGAAUACUUUCUGGACUCGUAAAAACUGGAGCUUGGGGUUGUUUCGAUGAAUUUAAUCGCUUAGAUGAAGCGACAUUAUCAACAAUAAGCAUGUACAUACAACCCAUUCAAAUUGCGUUAAAAGAGAAACGAAAUCACGUAGUUUUAUUAAAUAAAGAGAUGAUUUUAAAUAAUCAUUGUGGAAUUUUUGUAACAUUAAACCCAGCUGGGGGAAGUUAUGGUGGAAGACACAAACUCCCCGAUAAUUUAAAACAAUUAUUUCGCCCAAUUGUUAUGAGCCAACCAGAUCACGAACAAAUCGCGAAAACUUUACUUCGAUCUGAUGGAUUUAAAAAUGCUGAUGUGAUUGCAAAAAAAUUAAUUGAAAUUUUUAACUUAUCCAGCCAAUUACUAAGUAAACAACAUCAUUACGAUUGGGGGUUGAGAGCUUUAAAAACUGUGCUAACAAGUUGUGGACAAAACAUGAAACGAAACAAUCAAGAAAAUGAAUUAAAUCUUGUUGUUCGAGCUUUAAGAAUGGAUACGAUUUCGAAAUUAACUCUAAAUGAUAGUAAAAAAAUUGAUGCGUUAAUUCAAGAUGUGUUUCCGUCGAUUUCUUAUGAUAUUAAUGAUCAGCAAGGUUUAUGGGAUAUUUUGGGGAAUUCUUGUACUGAAUUAGGACUUAAAAUUAAUCCGAGACAAUUGGAAAAAUGUGUUGAGUUAUACCAACAACUCCAACAAAGAAUGGGAGUUGCUAUCGUUGGGCCAUCAUCUUCAGGAAAAACAACGAUAAGAAAUAUUUUGUUUCACGCUUUAAAUAAAAUGGGAAAAACUCUUAAACAAAAAAUUUUCAACCCUAAAUCUUUAUCAAGAACUCAACUUUUAGGUCAAAUUGAUUUAGAUACUCGCCAAUGGAUCGAUGGAAUUUUACCAAUGUAUAGUUUACAAGUAACAUCAGAACCAUUAGAAACUUUUUCUUGGAUUGUUUGCGAUGGUGAUAUCGACCCAGAUUGGGUGGAAUCGUUAAAUUCAGUUUUAGACGAUAAUAAAUUGUUAUCGUUACCAUCCGGUUGGAGAAUACAAUUUGGCCCUAACGUUAAUUUCAUUUUUGAAACGCACGAAUUAAAAAACGCUUCGCCAGCGACCAUAUCGCGAAUGGGAAUUGUUUUUCUUGAAAGCAAGGAUAAUUUGGUUAAAGAUGUUUUGGAAUCUUACAACCUUGAAGGCGUUUUUGAAAGCUACAUGAACGAUUAUUUUUAUAAAUCAAUUAAUUGGGUUGAAAAUAAUUGCGAGAUGAUUAUGAGGAGAUCCAGUUUGGGUUUGGCGAAAAGUGCGUUUUCUCAAGUAAAAAAUUCUUGUUCGAAAGCUGAGUUUUGUGUUAAUUUAAUUAACGGGUUGAUUUGCCAAAUUAAUGAAGAAUUUAAGGAAGGGUUAACUCAAUAUAUUUUUGAUUCAACUGAUGAAUCCCCACCGAAAUAUCUUUCAAAUUUAUAUUAUAACGAACAAGGGAAUAUCGAUACUUACAAUUCAAAACAAAUAAUUAUUAGAGAUGAUUUAAUUAUAACUGGAGAAAUUUCUUUAGCUAUGAGUUGUAUCAGAAAAUGGCUAAUUCCUGGGAAAGAAGAACACUUUCUUUUAAUCGGUCCUCAUGGAUGCGCUAAAACUUUAAUUUUAAAGCAAGUUUUACAAGAACGGUCUGAUAUUGAUCUCGCUACAGUUCAUUGUAGUGCUUAUAGUAGUCCACAAUAUUUAAUACAUAAACUAAAACAGCAUUGUAUCGUUGUAAAUAGCAACAAAGGAAGAGUUUACAAACCAAAAAAAGGUCACUUAGUGAUACAUUUUAAAAAUAUGCAUUUGUUAAAAUCUGAUAAAUGGGGAACAAAUAUGGUGGUGGAAUUUUUACAGCAGGUCAUGGUUUACGAAGGAUUUUUUACUGAAACUCUAGAAUGGGUUGGAUUGGUUAAUUUUACUGUUGUGGGUACUAUGUCCACUCCUAAUAAUUUAUCAAUGCGAUUUUCUUCAUCUGUACAUGUUUAUGGUCUCGGAUUACCCGAAUUGGACAAUUUAACAAAAAUAUGUAAUCAUCAAUUAAGUAAAGUUAUAAAUGAGAUUUUACCAAAAAAUGAAGUUUGGAAUAAACAAAAAAUUUUAAAAUUAACGAAUACAAUUCUUACAAUUUAUGAUAAGGUUUGUGAAACGUUUACAACAGCCGAAAAUGAGAAUUACAAAUUUAGCCCAAAUGACAUAUCGUAUUUAUGUAAACAAUUACCCAGAUAUAAAAACGAAUCAAAUCAAGACAUCGAAAUUUUUUUGUUGGAAAUUACUUUUUAUGAGUGCAGAUUUAUAUUUGGAAGCCGCUUGAUUUCUUUUGAUCACCGAUUAACGCUCGAUUCAAUCCUAAAAAACGCGUUUUUGAGCGAUUGGGGAAAAUCAAAUAUUUUGGAUAACUUGCGAAACCAUUUUUAUGUCCCAACCUUUACAAUAUCAAACAUUCACAAUUCUUUAUCAAAGCUAAACAAAGAUGAUUGGAUAAUUUUAUUAAAAAAAGGAAUCCUUCAAUACGAACGUGAUGGUUGCAAAUUAAAUUUACUAUUUAUACCCGAAUUAUUAUAUUUAACCUCAAUUUUAAGUAAAACUAUGUCUGAUAACGAAGGUAAUAUUUUAUUAAUUGGCAAAAUGGGCGUUGGAAGAAAAUCUGCCGUUAAAAUCAUUUCAUCUUUACAAAAUUCUAAAUUGGUGAUACCAAAAGCGAAUCAAAAAACGUUUUUUAAUGACUUAAAACAAGUACUACAAUUAUGUGGAGUUGAAGGAGAAGACGUCCAUUUUUUAUUAGAAGACCAUAUAAUGAACGAUAAUUCAAUAAUUAAUGCCGUUAAUACACUAUUAUGUUCAGGAGAAAUUCCGGGGUUAUUCAACGAUGCCGAAUUAGAUUCUAUGUUAAUCGGUUUAAAAGAUGAAGCUUCAAGGGAGAAUUUUGAAGGAAAUUUGUUUAAUUUUUUUAUUAAACGUGUAAAACAAAAGCUUCAUAUAAUAAUAUGUUUGGAUGAAAAUAAUGAUCAACUUUGGAAUAUCUUAUCAGAAUGUCCAACGAUUUAUCAAAAAUGUGAUAUUGUGUGGAUUUCGCGAUGGGAAAAUUCAUCAAUGGAGGAAAUUCCUACUAAAUUACUUAAUGAAUUGUACCCGGAUCAUUUAUCAAUAACAAAAUAUUUCCCCGACAUUCAUUCAACAACAAAAUCUACACCAUUUAGAUACAUUGAGUUAAUUCAAAUUUACAAAGAAAUUUACAUUCAAAAGAAAGACGAGAUUUUAAAAGCUGGGGUAAAAAAAUUAACAGAAGCUCGCCAAAUCGUUGAUGAAUUAAAAUUAAAAGCGUCAGAACAACAAUCGAAAUUGGCUGAAAAACAAGAAAUGGCAAAUUCGGCUUUAGAUAUGAUCAGUAAUACAAUGAGAGACGCUAAUAGUCAAAAGAAAGAAAUGGAAAUUUUAAAAAAAGAUACUGAGAAUGAAAACGUAAUGUUACAAAGGCGACAAAAAGACAUUGAAGUUGAAUUAGCGGAAGUUGAACCUUUAAUAAAACAAGCUAGCGCGGCUGUUGGGAACAUUAAAACUGAAGCUUUAUCGGAAAUAAGAUCAUUAAGAGCACCACCUGAAGCCAUCAGAGAUAUUUUAGAGGGUGUUUUAAGGUUGAUGGGGAUUCAAGAUACUUCAUGGAACAGCAUGAAAACCUUUUUGGCUAAAAGAGGAGUUAAAGAAGAUAUUAAAUCGUUUGAAGCUAGCAGAAUAUCACCGGAAAGUAGACAAUCCGUUGAAAGAUUAUUAAAAAAUAAAAGUGACAGUUUUGAUCCGGCCGUUGCUAAAAGAGCUUCGAUCGCUGCCGCACCUUUAGCAGCUUGGGUAACAGCAAAUGUGAGAUAUUCUCAUGUACUCGAUAAAAUUAAACCUUUAACGAUGGAAAAAAAUAAAUUAAAAAGAAACUUGGAGCAAUCAAAAGAUCAAUUGGGAGUGUUAAGUGCUGGUUUAUUAGAUGUCGACGCAACAGUUCAAAAAUUAAAAGAACAACUUUCUACUUAUACAAAAGAGGCUGCUGAAAUUGAAAUUGGAUUAAAAUCGGUUCAAUCAACAUUAAACGCGGCUCAAAUUUUAGUUGACAGAUUAAAUGAUGAAUACGAAAGAUGGAAAGAACAGCUAAAAAAUUUUUCGAGGGAACUCGAAAAUUUACCUGGAAAUUGUUUGAUGGUAGCUGGGUUUAUUACUUAUCUUUCGGGAGAACCAGAAGAUAUUAGAUUGAACCUUCAAAAUACUUGGAAAGAUAUCUUAACAGAUAUUUCCCACUUAGAAUUUUCUUUCGAGAAUUUUUUAUCAUCCGAACGGGAACAACUUCAAUGGCAAAGUGAAGGUUUAGGAUCUGAUCAAUUAUCAACUCAAAACGCGAUUAUUUUAUUGAAUACAAGAAUAUUUCCAUUAAUCAUAGAUCCAACAUCAACCGCAAUAACAUGGUUAGAGACACAUUUUCGACAAAAAACGAUUGAAAAAAUCACCUCGACAUCCCCCAAAUUUAUAAACACCUUAGAAUUAUCGAUUAGAUUCGGGAAAAUUCUUAUUGUUGAAGACCUCGAAAAAGUACCAUACGAAAUGUUACAAAUUUUUAGAAAAGAGUUUGUUUAUCAAGGUGAAAGAAAAAUGAUUAAUUUAUGCGGAAAAUUGAUCGAUUUCCACCCAGAUUUCCAAAUAUUCCUCAACACCCGCAACACACAAUUUAAAAUCCCAACAGAUUUAAUUUCUUGUAUUUGCAUCGUUAAUUUUAAUAUAACUCACUCCGGAUUAUCAGAAAAAUUAUUAAUGAACACUGUAAGACAACAAAGUCCUGAAAUUGAAAAACGUCGUAAAGAAUUAUUAAGAAAUCGCGAAGAACUGCAAGAAAAACAAUUUAAUCUCCAAAAUCAAUUAUUAGAGGAUUUAGCGAAUUCGACUGGAAAUAUCUUGGAAAAUAAAGCUUUAUUGGAUUCUUUAAACGAAACUAAAGCAAGUUCAAACGACAUUAAUCAAGCUCUCGAAGAAUCAAAACAAAUCAAAGAAAAAUUACGCGAAGAGGUCGAAUUUUAUAAAGAUAUCGCUUCAUUUGCAAGUUUAUUAUAUUUUGGAAUCUUAGAAUAUUCCAAAGUUAAUGUUCUUUACACCAUUUCAAUAGCAUCUUAUAUUAAAUUAUUUUUAAAAUCAAUUUUAGCAACAGGAGAAAUCGAAACAACGUUAUGUUCCCAACAAAAAUCUUUACUCCAAUCAGUUUAUCAUGUCAUAGGAAGAGGAUUAUUAAAAUCGGACCGAUUAAAAUUCCUUUUACAUUUAAUCCACAAAGUUUACCCCCAUCAAAUAUCUGACGAUGAAUGGAGAACAUUUUUAGGGAUCUCAACGAAAGAAUUAAAAACCACAACUUCAACCCCAUCUUGGAUUCCGGAUAUAAUUAAACCAAAAUUGCAUUAUUUCCAGCAAAAUCAACCCGAACUUUAUGAAAGCCUCAAUUUAAACGAACAAACUUUAUGGAAUUCUUUCAUAAAUAUUGAUGAUCCUGACUUAAAAUUCCCCCAACAUUGCAAAUUAAGCGAAUUUCAACGCGUUUUGUUAAUCCAAACAUUAAAACCGGAUCGAAUUUACUCGAUUUUACUCCAAUUUGUAACACGUAUUUCCGGUUUAAAAACUAUCAACAUUGAAGUACCCCAAUUGAUUGAAAUUUACAACGAAUCGACUUGUAACGAACCUAUUUUGGUUUUAACAACAACCGGAAACGACCCAUCUUUAGAAAUAAGAAAAUUAGCUGAAAGUAAAAUUGGUUUGGAAAAUUAUGAUGAAGUAGCAAUGGGGGAAGGACAAGAAAAUGAAGCUUUAAUAAAGUUAGAUGAAGCGAUGAAAAAAGGAAGGUGGUUGAUUUUAAAAAAUUUACAUCUUGUUAUUAAAUGGUUGCCGAUUUUAACGCAACAUUUAAAAAAUGAGGUUGAUUUAAAAUUUAGAUUAUGGUUGGUUACUGAGCCUCAUGAUGGGUUUAGUCCAGUUUUGGCACAAAAUUGUAUGAAAAUUGCUUAUGAAGCACCCGCUGGGAUAAAAAGUAACAUACAAAGAACUUUUUCCACCUCAGAAUCGAGUUACGUGAACAAAUUAACACCAAGUGGGACAAGAAUUUUUUUCGCUUUAUCUUGUAUACACGCUUUAUUACAAGAAAGAAGAAUUUACAUUCCACAAGGAUGGUCAAAAUGGUACGAAUUUUCCGAUUUAGAUUUAACAACAUCAAUAAAAUUAACCGAAAAAAAUUGGUCAUCCCAAGCUAACGCAAUUUCCUGGAAAUUCAUUAAAGGAUUAUGUUUAGAUGCCGUUUACGGCGGAAGAAUCGAAAACAUUUUAGAUUGCUCAAUUUUAGAGGCGUAUUUAAAUCAAUUUUUAAACAACGACAUUUUAAGUCACCGUUGGAAACCUUUCGGAAUAAAUAAUUCAAUCCCAAUGACUAACAAAAUACAAGAAUACAUCAACUUUAUUCAACAACUACCAAACAAAGAUUUACCGAGUUUUUUUGGACUACCCGAAAAUAUAAAUCGAUCGUGGGAGCUAAAUAUGAGUAACAAAAUAAUCGGCCAAUUAAGGGGAUUAUUAGAAUUUAAAUCUAUCGAAAAAUUUAACAAAGAAUUAUGGCAGAAAGGUUUAGCCCCAUUAAUUAAUUUGUGGAAAAAAUUAAAUCAAGGCCAAGAUUUCGUUAAAAUUAACUUACAACAUUAUCGUUUUAAAGAAAACGAUUCCCCCAUCAUAAAUUUCUUACAGGAAGAAUUUUAUAACGCUUUAGUUUUGAUACAAAUCGUUCAUAAAGAUUUUACGCAACUUAAUCGAAUCAUUAGAAGCAACACGAUUCCGGAUAAUUACAAUUUUAAAAAUGGUUCGUUGUUGUUAAAUUUAAAAAUACCCGAAACUUGGUUGAAAUUGUGGCAAGGACCGAAUGAUCCUAAUAAAUAUUUGAGAUAUCUUAUCGUUAAAACGGUUAAAAUUCGAAAUUGGCAAAAUGACGAUUUAGAUGUUUUAUUGAAAACUCGAAUUAAUUUAUCUUUAAUGUUUAAUCCUGAAGGGUUUUUAGCAGCUUUUAAACAACAUUUUUCUAGAAAGCGAAAAAUUCCAUUAGAUGAACUCGAAAUAUCUACAAGUUGGAAACCAGUCGAAGAUUUUCUUCCACUCGAAGGUCUUUUAAUUUCCGGCGCUUUAUUCGAUGGGUUUAGUUUAACAAAUUGUACAAGUGACGCUGAAAGUGCUAACUCAGUUCCUAAUUGUUACUUUGGGUUUAUAAACAAGACACAAAACAUCAUCAGCGAAAAGAUUCUUCAAGUACCUUUAUAUUUAACCUCAAACCGGAUCAAAAAAAUCAGUAACAUUCAAGUAUCUUGUGAUCCGAAUGAAAGAGAUAAAUGGAUAUUUGCCGGCGUGGCUUUCCUUUUAACAUUUUAAUUUUUAAACUAAUAUAGUAUUUUGUAUAAUUAUAGGAACAAAACGCGAAUUAAUCACCUAAAUCGAUUAACAAGAAAAAAAUAAU